GACACUGGCUCGCCUGUAGUUGGUGAUGUGACACUGCUCAUGCUAGCACUCGUUAGCUAAGUUUGUUGACUUUCGCAAUAUCUCGCCCCUCCGGACUGUUUGGGGGAAAUCUAGCAAAAAUGGACAAUAGCGGGAAAGAGAAGGAAGCCGCGGCGUUAAUAGCGGAGGCAGAGAAGAAGAUGAAGUCUUCUCAGUCGUUUUUCGGCUCGUUGUUUGGGAGUUCCUCCAAGUUGGAGGAGGCCUGUGACAUGUAUGUCAGAGCAGCCAACAUGUACAAGAUGGCCAAGAACUGGUGUGCUGCAGGAAAUGCAUUCUCCAAAGCUGCUCAUCUUCACCUGCAAAUGCAGAGCAAACACGAUGCAGCAACGAACCUGAUAGAUGCUGGAAACGCGUUCAAAAAAGCCGAUCCACAAGAGGCCAUCAACUGCUUAAACCGAGCUAUCGAAAUUUACACCGAUAUGGGUCGUUUCACCAUCGCAGCAAAACAUCACAUCACCAUUGCAGAGAUAUAUGAGACGGAGUUGGUGGACAUCGACAAGGCCAUUGCUCAUUAUGAACAAGCUGCAGAUUAUUAUAAAGGUGAAGAAUCCACCAGCUCAGCAAACAAGUGCCUUUUGAAAGUUGCGACCUAUGCAGCUCAGCUGGAGCAGUAUCAAAAGGCUAUAGAGAUCUAUGAACAGGUGGGAACAUAUGCAAUGGACAGUACGCUGCUGAAAUACAGUGCCAAGGAUCACUUCUUCAAGGCGGCGCUGUGUCACUUUUGUGUAGACAUGCUAAAUGCAAAGCUUGCCAUGCAGAAGUAUGAAGAAAUGUUCCCAGCAUUUUCAGACUCCAGAGAGUGCAAGCUGUUGAAGAAACUUCUAGAUGCAUAUGAAGAACAGAACGUGGAAGCCUACACUGAUGCGGUGAAGGAGUUCGACACCAUCUCCCGUUUGGACCAGUGGCUCACCACCAUGCUCCUACGCAUCAAGAAGACCAUACAGGACGACGAGAGCGACCUCCGCUGAUUCAACUCCUAGCCUCCAGCAAACAGCUUACAUCCUCAUUUUUGCCUUCAAGCUGGCUCUCGUGUUCCCGCUGCAUUCAUCAUUUUAUGAUCUGUUGUACUCUGUUUUCUGCUGUUCCGCUAUAUGUCUUUGUUGCCUUUUAUUUCCCUUAGAAAAGUCUUUAUAUCAUUCGUAUGAACACUAUCUCCCUGAGUGCUCCUUUGCACCCAGUGAAUCAGUUAUACACUUACUUUGUAACAGGUGUCGGCCUGGUUCUGGUCCGAAUAUUCACAAUUGGGAUGCAAUACCGAAUGAUGAUAAUACCAGCACACUUGUAUGAUAAAGAUUUAAUUUUAUUUUCACUGUGAUGGAUGAGAGAAUGAUAACUAGGCUAACAGUUUGAUUCAUUUGUCCAGAAUAAACUAAAGGAACUGAAAUGCGUUGCCUGCCUGAACCUGUAACAUUUGGAUGUUUUCAUUGUUGAAUGGAGCGCCGCAGGUCCUCUUUAGGCACGUCUAAUUAGAAAGGAUCUGAUUGAAGAGUCCGAGGUUUUUCCCACAGUAAUUAAACCCUCCUCUGCCUUAAGCUGCUCUCAGGUUGUGAACGGCAGGAUUUGGCUAGAAUUCAGUAGUGAUUAUGCUUUGUAGAAUGAUUAGCAGUGAAGUGCAUAUAUGUUUCCUGAUAAGAUAAAAGAAAACAAGCAGUGAUCUUUGAAGUCAUGGUUUGGAACGACUCGUGGAUUUAGUAAGCAGUUUUCUACCGUGUAAGAAUGGUUUUACUUUUGUUUUUUAACACGUUUGUAACCAGGCUGAUAAGAAUCUGUUUUUAUGGCCUGCUGGAGGUGCAAUACAUUUAAAAGAAGAAAAAAAAAAAGCUUUAUAGAUCCGGACACUGUGCUGCCGUCUCCUCCUGAUGAUCCUGUG